UUUUUCCCCCUCUCUUUCCCCUGGUUUGUCUGGUGCGUUGAAGUUGUUUGCUGCCUGAAGGCUUUGAAGGCUGGUUUACAAAUUUGAGAAUAAUUCGAUCACUGCAAACAGCGCAACUAAAAGAUGCACAUUCCCUCCACACGAGUCUACAUUCAGUAAUCAGUUGUGGCUUCCUGCCUGCGUAAUACCAAAUGACCCGCCUCCUCCGUCUGUGAGCCUAGCGGCUACCUUCUGAACAUUGGGCAGGGGGCUGGACUAGCGAUGGACAGCCGGUGCAGCAGCAGUGUUGACUCACACCUGCCCAACAGGGUGGUGGGCUCAAUCAACGCAGUGGCAAGGGCGGAGUCAUACGAAGCUGGGGAGAAGUGCAUUUCUGAUGUCCGAAGGACCUUCUGCCUCUUUGUCACCUUUGACCUCUUGUUCAUCAGUUUGCUCUGGAUCAUAGAGCUCAAUGUGAACGGUGGCCUUCUACAGCAGCUGGAUAAGGAAGUUCUUCACUACGAUUACCACGCCUCCUUCUUUGACAUUUUUCUCCUGGGUGUUUUCAGGUUUGCUGCUCUCAUUCUGGCCUACGCUGUCUGUAAACUCCGUCACUGGUGGGCCAUCGCAAUCACUACUGCAGUCAGCUGUGCCUUCUUGAUUGCAAAGGUGAUUUUAUCAAAGCUGCUGUCUCAAGGCGCCUUUGGCUACCUGCUGCCGAUUAUCUCCUUUGUGUUGGCCUGGAUAGAAACGUGGCUGCUGGACUUUAAGGUUCUGCCUCAGGAGGCCAAAGACGACCAUCGAUAUCAGUCACUGAUGGACGCCCCAGAGCGAGCUCCACUCCUCUGUCCUGGUCCUGUAUCUGAUGGGCAGUUCUACUCUCCGCCUCAGUCUGUGGCAGACUCUGACGAGGAUCUGGAUGACAAAGAGGAUCCAGAGAAAGGGCUCAUUUAAGUGGUAGCCCCAAACAGGAAUUCGACACUCAGACGAUUUGCUCUGAAAAUGCACAGUUGACUUUCUUUUGUUCUCUGGAUCUCUGGGGUCAAAGUGCUUCUGCUACUGAAGGAAUUUUUUGCCUUACACAUUCUGACAUUUUAUUUUUGUCUUGGAGAUGAUGUGUUGUUUUUUUUCCCUCUUUGGUUUACUUGUAUGUACAUGUUUCGUUUUUCUGACGUUGGCCGUCUGCACUCUAAAACCACAAAACUCUUUUUCAGCAAGAGAAUUUUUGGUUAUUUUUUGGAUUAUUUGUCUCACAGAGCGUCGGACGGGGCUCUGUUUGUUGAACAUGUUCUCCUGAUGAUCUUUAAGAUUACGCUGUAUUGAAGCAGUUUGGAGGAAAUCCACCUGACGGUAUUUAGUCAUUUGUAAUGUUUGACGGGAAUAUUUGCAAUGAAAGCUUUUAAAAAUAGCUCCUGGAAUCAAAGUUAAGUGGAGAUUGUUGCACGGAGCAUGGAAAGAACACAUGCUGUGAGUGGAGUCUGCUUUAGUUAUAAUGUUAACUGUCAUAAUCUGAAGAAAUCACCUGUUUGAAAAGGCUGCUGCAGUGCAGACCCGGGUGCACGGAUCCUCGUGCAUGCUUUGCAAAAGUGCUAAAUGUUUUUUAUAAAAAGCUUGUCUGUAUAUUAGAAUCAUUAAAAUGUGAAAUCUGA